UUUAGUUUUUACAUAGUUAACAGUAAUAAUAUUAAUAUUAUACUUUUUAUUUACUAAAUUUUAAAUUAUCGCUUAUUUUGAAAAUGACGAUUAUCAUAAAUGAAGGAUUGCUUAAAAUUACACAAAAAAUGUGUUUAAUAGCCCUCACUAUUUAUACAUACAUUCUAUUUUCAUCACAAAUACAAACUUGUCCACUGAUCAAAACUGGCUCGAAGAUCUAUCCGUUUGAUAGUGCAUUCUUCCAAUCGUCGGUACUCUUCUUGACUGCAGCUGCUAUAUCUAUAGUCGAAUGCGAUAUAUGGCCAAACAAUGCGAAACCAAAAAAUAGAAUAAUCCAAUUUCUCGCAGAGCUGUAUAUUAUGACAAAUGUUAUACUACUUGUCUACGCUCUAUUUUGGCAUCCAAUAGUCAUAACCACGUCUAUAUUCACUGAUAAAUUGAGUGUUCUAACACAUAAAUGGUCGGGAAGUGCAAAUGUAUACAAAAAAUGCAUUCCAACUUGCAUGGAGAGCAUACACAGUACGAAGUUCCAUUGCAAUUUAUUGGGCGCGUUAAUUUUAUAUUAUGUAAUCGAAAAGUUUGGAAAGAAAGACUUACGACGUGUAAGAUGUCUGUUUUGAAGUAAUUAACUCGAAACUGUAUGUCAAUAAACUAUCAUAGCUAUGCAUGUGAAUAAUGUCGAAAGUAUGAUCCUCGCAAAACAAAACAACUAUAUUAUCAAGUAUUUUGUAUUAUAAGCAGCUAAAUUCGUCAAAUUCACAGUAUUAAUCAAUGUCAUGGAUUGCAUACGUUUUAUUGAAACUCAAUUGCUUCAGAAAGUAGAACUUAUGAACAUUUGAUAUUCAUACAUAUUAUAUUAGUACAUGAUGUAUAUACAAAAUAUAUUAAACAAAUGAAAUUAAACGAUUAUUUUAUACGAU